AUGCCAAAAACAAUCCGUACCUCAGGUAUUCUGCGCCGCUGCGCCGCUGCCGCAGCACUUGCCACUGGCCCUGACAAAAGCAACCAUAUCGCCAUAGCCGCAGUGAUCGACACCGACAACACACGCUCGACCAAAUCGACACAAUACAUGUUCCCGACAAUCGAGACAACCGCCCUCGAUCGUGCCACCUUCGACGCGUCAAGCUAG